GCGGAGGUCGGAAGCAGCAGGGCCCCGAACGGAAGCAAAAUUGCCAGGACGUGAGAGCCCGCCCACUUCGCCGGAACUAUCGCAUCUUCAAACGGAAAUCUAGUUGCCAAAAGGGCGGCCUCGGCGCCCCCCCGCCGGCGCCCCCAGACUCAGGACUCCAGCACCGAGGCAGGAGGCAGGGAGCAGAGGAGAGGCAAGAGAACGAGGAGGAGGAGGAGGAGGAGCCGUCGCAGGAUGAAGGAUCGGACUCAGGAGCUGCGGAGUGCGAAAGACAGCGAUGAUGAGGAGGAGGUGGUCCAUGUGGACCGGGACCACUUCAUGGAUGAGUUCUUUGAACAGGUGGAAGAGAUCCGGGGCUGCAUUGAGAAGCUGUCAGAGGAUGUGGAACAAGUGAAAAAACAGCAUAGUGCCAUCCUGGCCGCCCCCAACCCGGAUGAGAAGACCAAACAGGAGCUGGAGGACCUCACUGCAGACAUCAAGAAGACGGCCAACAAGGUUCGAUCCAAGUUGAAAGCGAUCGAGCAAAGCAUUGAACAGGAGGAGGGGCUGAAUCGUUCCUCUGCGGACCUGCGCAUCCGCAAGACCCAGCACUCCACACUCUCCCGGAAGUUCGUGGAGGUAAUGACUGAAUAUAACGCGACCCAGUCCAAGUACCGGGACCGCUGCAAGGACCGGAUCCAGAGGCAGCUGGAGAUCACUGGAAGGACCACGACCAACGAAGAACUGGAAGACAUGCUGGAGAGUGGGAAGUUGGCCAUCUUCACUGACGAUAUCAAAAUGGACUCACAGAUGACAAAGCAGGCACUGAACGAAAUCGAGACGAGGCACAACGAGAUCAUCAAACUGGAAACCAGCAUCCGUGAGCUGCACGACAUGUUUGUGGACAUGGCCAUGCUCGUGGAGAGCCAGGGCGAAAUGAUUGACCGCAUUGAGUACAACGUGGAACAUUCCGUGGACUACGUGGAGCGAGCCGUGUCUGACACCAAGAAAGCUGUGAAAUAUCAGAGCAAGGCCCGGAGGGCUCACCCUCGAGACAGACCCGGGCAGCACCCGCAACCUUUACCGCCCGUCAGACCCUGGAGUCCCUGGACCUCCCCCCGCCAUGGACCACCCCCUGCCCCCGCACGUAGAUAGCAGCAGGCGUGAUUACACGUGCACACCAACAUGCAUGCCGCCGGCACAUGCUCGAGACGUGUGGACACCCCAGCGUGUGUGUGUGUGUGUAUGUGUGUAGAUGUGUGUAGAAGCACCAAAUCGCCCUUUCUGCCCCCCACCUCAAGUCUGUGUGUUGUCUGAGCUUUCCCCCUUCCCCUGGGUUGUUGUGUAGACUGUGGCCGGGUGUGACACAGCAGCCAUCAAGCCCCACUCUUCUGUCUUCUGUGAAUAGGGGUGUGUGUGUGUGUGUGUGUGUGUGUGGCGCCACAGAUCCGUGGACACACAGUUUGCGUACAUGGAAUUUUGUGUUUGAGUGUUCAAAUGCAAUGUAACAGCACCUCCUCCACUGACACCCCCCUCCCCCAUGUCUGCUACAGAUGGGGCAGGUUGUGAGUGUGCAGAGGCUCACACUAACAUUCCCAGAGGAUCCAGGCACAAUACACACACAGGCCAUGGCAGACACCCCAGCGUGAUGUUGAGCAAACCCUCCUGGCUUAGUCACCCUGGGACUGACAUGUCCUGGGGAACAUGUGUGUGUGUGUGGAGUUCACUCGAGGCGAGUGGAAGCAUACACGUGUCAAUAACCUAGCUCGGCCUGUAUAUCCAUGUGCAUUUCCCCCAACAGGGGAUGUGAGGGACGUGUUUGUGUGUGUCUGUGUUUGUGUGUGUGUGUCUAGGAUGUGCCUGAAGUGUCAGUAGGUCUUCUCCUGAGACAGAGCCCUCCACAUUUUGCACUGGACACCUGUUUUGGGUGGGCACAGAAAUCUAUAUUUCUACGCUAUCUAGAGUACACCUGCGUGAGUGUGUGUGUGUGUGUGUGUGUGUGUGUAGAGGAUUUCUGCGUAGUGUGUUUCUACCCUCCUGUGUAUUAUACACACACACGUUUACCUUCAAGGACCUGUGCCCCAUCCAGGUUUGUCUAUCCAGAUUAUUUGCCUCCUCCCUUUCUCCCCAGAGCUGCUGGCCGCUAUCUGAUGUGGCCACACACUGCUACAUCAACAUCAUGCAACUGCAGCUUCCUGCCCUGCGUGGUCGGAUCCCCUGUGCAUACAUGCCCACAUGCUUAUCUUUCUCGGUCAAAUAAGCCUGCACGUGUGGAAGCUGGGACACCUCAGUGUGCUCCCACCCGCCACGGCAGAUGAGGCCACACCCAGGCACACACAUGCACACAGGAGCCUGGCGUAUGCUGACGCUGGCACGGUGCCUGUUCAGGCGGGCACUCGUUUGCACAUGAAUGCCUCCCAGAUGGGCUAUUGAUGGGAAACAUUACUGAUCACGGGAAUUUCAAGGGCUGCCCCAGGCUCUCAGAAAGGAGAACAUUCUUGAGCACUAACCUCAGAACUGAGAGAGGCCAGCGAUGGUCCCCACCGCCCCAUCUGAUGCUCUGGCCUUUGCCUCAGGAACCUUGGAUUUAGGGAACUGUUUAUUUCAGACGUACUGGAGUGGGCUAAGUCCUGGGGCCCAUGCCCUGGACACAUCUCCUGCUGAAAUGUCACCAAUAGCUGUUCCCCUGCAGGCUGAGCCUGAGGAUGGGACGCGGUCCUGAGUUUCUGAUGGUGAGGAAGCGGCCGACUCCUCCCUUGCUACGUAGACAACAUAUGCAUGCGUGGGCUUGUGUGUUGGGUGGCAGGUGGGAGGUAUGUGGGCAAAGGACAGUGUUAGAAGCCUCCCACUCCACUGGCCCAGGAACAUGGCCCCACAUAUACAGGAUUGAACACACAAGUACAGGAAUGCGCCCUGCCUUGGGGUCCGACAUCCGUGUGCACAGGGUGGAGGACUUUGGUGUGUGUGCAGAUCGUUUCCUGGAGUCCCUCUUCAUGUGAAGCGUGUCUGUGUGAGAGAGAGACAGUGCAGAUGUGACCUUCUGGAACAUAGUACCCCACUCCCACCCCAGCUCAGAUAGCCAGCCUCUUCCCUACCUGGCUGGGCCCUGCCUGUGUGUGGCCAAUAUAUAUAUGUAACCCCCAAGGUGGGCUGUCCAUUCCCACAGUGCCCUUUGUCAGGACAGGAAGUUUGCCCCCGUAUCUGACUGCAGCCCUCCUGCUCCCACUCAGGCUUCUUUGGGGACGUCAGAGCAGGCCCCAGCACCUCACCACCCCAUCCUUUUUCCUUCCUGCUGUCCAGCCAGGGUACCCUUUCAUACCAGGUGUUUCUGGAAUUCCCACAGCCUUGGGGCCACAAGGAGAAGGGUGGAGCCAUGGCUGGAGUGAUGCAACU